AUGUCCUACCUCCAACCAAAACCGCCUUACACAGGCCUUUCAGCGGUCGCCAGUCAACUUUAUGGCGGGAUAAUCCCAGCGGCGGACCCAGAAGAUCUCGGAUUCCCAUUCAUACCUCAACAUAACAACGCUCUCUUCAGAAGGAAGCCUUUAUUAUUCCCUUAUCCUCUGGGAUUACCUGUUCCAAUAUUGCAAAUCAAAUCAGAAGAUUAUAUUCAUCGACUAAAACGAUUGAUCCGACAACUUCCUGAAACCGAAAAACAGUUUGAUGAUCAGAAUCGUAACCUGUUAUUUACUCAGAAAGAAGUUGUAAGUACUUUUUGACGUUUUUGUUACUUUUUAGGACCAAAAUGUGAUCAAACUAUGGACAGUUGAUGACAAUUCAACCUCAAAUAUGUUGCUGGAAUAUAAUUUGACAUACAAGUUGUCAAAGAAGACCCGUAAGAUGGUUAGAUUUCUACAUGUUGGUGAGAUGGAGCCAGUAAAAAGAUUAAAGUUACCUCAUCAGCCAAUUGAAUUUGGAUCGUUUGGCAAAGAAAACAAAGAUUUCUUCUUUAUAAGGGAUGUGAAUGGCCUUAGACUGGCAAAUUGUAUGGGCGAAGAGGAAAUUGAGGUAAGAGAGCACCAGUACUCUUUGCUGUUUUUGGUCUUCAGUUAUAAAUUAUAUUGCUUUAGGUAGCGGAUGUUCUGAAUUAUCGAAUAAAGUCAUACUGUAAGAUUCCGUAUAUGAAUGAGAUUGCGAUCAUCGAUGCACGGGACAAGGUUUUCUUCGGUGAAGUUGCAGCGAACUCGAAUUUCACUAGAGUAAAAACAGAAGAGCCAAUCAGAAAGGCAAGUACAAUAUAAUUUUGGUGUUUUUUGAACUUUCAAGUUUAAUUUUUUCCGCAUCCUUCUUUUCAAAAUGUCCGUUUAAAUAUGAUUAGAUUAAUUUCAGAUUGCUCCCACUGAUUGCCCAGCCGAAAUUCUCCUUGCCACUAAGAACAAAGUCUUCCAAACCGAUUUCCGCGUUGGCCAAAAGAAUGUGGAACCCAUUUUUAGUCUCGAACUGAACGCUGAGAAGUCUAUUUUGCAAUUCAGUGAGGAACAAGUGGAAUUUAUCAAUAGUCGCGAGUGCAUUUAUCAUCUUUUGCCAGUGGAGUCAUGUACAGAAAUCUUUUUGGUGACCAGCUUCCAACAGAUCCACGCUUUUGACAGACGAAUGCCCGGAAGAACCGUGGUUUCUAUGAGCCAUUUCGAUAUGAAUGGAGGGGAUUAUACGCAAAUUGUGAGCUAAAAAUUUGACGUAUUUUUAUUAGGUACCUGAUGAUUAUAAAAAUUUACAAUUUUUAGAUGGGCCCUUUCCGAGAUGAGUCUUCAAACAUCACUAUUUACGAUUACAUUGUCCGGAACAACUUUAUCCGGCCAGGAAUCUCCCAUUGGGCCAUUGGAUUGAACGAAAAAGAGCAGAUUUGGUCUUCGAUGGGCCCAAAUGUAAUGGUCCCUCCACCACAAAACGUUGUCAAUUAUUGCAGACAGAACUUUACCACUAGUCCAGCAUUGACAGAAGCCGAGGUGGAUGAAAUCCCUAAAGUCCCAAGGGCCUUUUAUUGUGAAAUGCUCGACCAAAAAAGAGGAAUCGUCUUCAGUCAACAGGACAAUGGUCAGAUCUGGAUGAAUAAUAUAAUUGUGAGUGGAGUGGAUCAAGAUAGCCAGAAAUAUUUGAAUAUUGUGAACGACAGAGAACAAAGAGAUCAAUGCGUGAGGGAUGUGAAGAUAUUUGUGAACGAACACUCCAAUCUGAAGCAAUUGGCUGAAGAAUUAAGUCAUGAAUUGGUCAUGGAGAAAGAGGACUUCAUGAAGGUAAGAGAUGACUAGUAAUUUUUAAAACGGUGAAGGAUUUUGAAUCGAAGAGAAUCUGGCAAAAUUUUGAAUUUUUUUGUUUCAGACUGACCGAUCAACCAUAAAUGGCCGGAUAAUGGCAAAACAAGAUCGAUGGAUGCAGAUUCUAAGAGAGGAACCCCCAGUCAUCAAUGAACUCGAAGAUAUCUUUGACGAAGAUGACAUCCCCAUGACUUCUGAAUUGUCCAAGUUAAAUCUAGUCAAAGAAGCCAAGUCUGAAGAUCAUUUGUUAUCGAAAAUCAUCCUGAAGACGGUAAAGAAGGCCGAUGAAGCUUGGGAGGCUAAAUAUAACCCAGAAUUUCAAACAGAAAUGAAUGAAAAUGCAGAUAAUAAAGAGGCGCUGAAACUGCCAAAAGUCCUAGACUUUGAUGCUGAUGAGGGCGAAUUUGGAUGUGGAGAUUUUGAUGAAUACGACGAGGACGACAUAUGA